CAUUCAUCCAGACGCCUGAACCCUUUUAACGGUGGAGAAUACUCGAGGGCGGCUAUUUGGCAUAUAAACGAUUACCUCCCAAGGCUUUUCUUUUCUUUUGCGCCCCAUCGGUCUCUGCAGAAUAUCCUUAAUCGUCUUUGUCUUAUUGCAAGUAGGCAAUCGGCAACAGCGUCCUAUCCCAUUCCUCAAGACACUCAAAGUGGCAUGCUUGAUUUCCCCAUUUGACCCCAAUUCCACCACCAACAACCACCUUCAACCCCCGCAUUCUCUCCCCCGCACUCCCACUUUCUCCCCUCCCCCAUCCCACAUACUUUCACAAUGGCGCCCCUCAUCAACCAUCUCUACACGGCCGACCCUUCAGCCCACGUCUUCAACGGCAAAGUCUACAUCUACCCGUCUCACGACCGCGAGACCGACAUCAAGUUCAACGACAAUGGAGACCAAUAUGACAUGGCCGACUACCACGUCUUCAGCACAUCAUCGCUGGACCCCCUCGAGCCCGUCGUCGACCACGGCGUCGUCCUGAAGACCGAAGACGUCCCCUGGGUCUCGAAGCAGCUCUGGGCCCCCGACGCCGCCUACAAGGACGGCAAAUACUACCUCUACUUCCCCGCCCGCGACAAGCAGGACGUCUUCCGCAUCGGCGUCGCCGUCUCGGAUAAGCCCGAGGGCCCCUUCACCCCGGACCCGGAACCCAUCAAGGGCAGCUACAGCAUCGACCCGGCCAGCUUCGUCGACGACGACGGCCAGGGCUACCUCUACUUUGGCGGUCUCUGGGGCGGCCAGCUGCAGUGCUACCAAAAGGGCAACGACGUCUUCGAGAAGCAGUGGCUCGGUGCCCAGGAGCCCAGCGGCGAGGGCGUCUACGCGCUCGGCCCGCGCGUGGCCAAACUGACGGGCGACAUGCACCAGUUCGACGGCGAGGUCCAAGAGAUUCAGAUCCUCGCGCCCGAGACGGGGAAGCCCAUCCUCGCCGACGACCACGACCGCCGCUUCUUCGAGGCCGCGUGGUUGCACAAGAGGGACGGGCUGUACUACUUUUCCUACUCGACCGGCGACACGCACUACCUCUGCUACGCCACCAGCGAGAGCCCUUUGGGCCCUUUCACGUACGGGGGACGGAUCCUCGAGCCCGUGCUGGGGUGGACGACGCACCACUCCAUUGUAGAGUUCAAGGGCCAGUGGUGGCUCUUCCACCACGACUGCGAACUGAGCAAGGGCGUGGAUCACCUGCGGUCUGUCAAGGUCAAGGAAAUCUUUUAUGACAAGGACGGCAAGAUUGUGACGGAAAAGCCGUAGGGGGAGAAGGGGGAUGACCAAACUGAAGAAACGUUCAGAAGAAGGUAAGUAAAUAAAUCUUGCGUCACUUUGUAUCAAUAAUAAAUUUUGGGACACACCCUUCUAUUCACAGAUGUUCUGAGUUGAUUUCAUCUACAUCCUAAUCAUCUCUUCACAACCUAGACUCUUUCCCUCAACUUCCUUUCCUAGAUCCUUCCAUCCCAGACUUUGUAUAUCUUCUUUACAUGACCAGGCUAAAAUGGUGACUCAACGUUUGAAAAGAUCGUAUAAUUAUCUCACACUCGGGGAUGUAUGGGGUAUAUAAGGGUGAUUCGGACCAUAUGUCCGCGACAAAGGAAACUAAAAAAAGGGGGUGUUGUGUUCAUCUUUGUGUGAUAUUCCUCUCAUCCAUAGAAAAGAAAUCCCCCCUCAUACUGCUUCUCAACUUUCAACAACUCCGAACCGCAGCUUAUUCAACGCCUCUUCAUACUUGGCCGGGCUGUGGUCAAUCAACAUGCUCGUCCCGAACCGCACCUCUCUGAAGCGCGACUCGACGUCCCUGACGUACUUGAGCACGAUCCGCUGCGCAGGCCGGCCGAUAGACUCCUCGUCAGAAACAAGAAAAGCGUCACGCCUCAGCACCCGCUGGCUCUCGACGAUAAACACCUCGCCUGGAGGCAGCAACUUCAGGCUCAUCAUGCUGGAGCGCAGCGUCGUCAGCGCCGAGAUGCUCCAUUUAUCCUCGUCGGCGCCGGCGGCCAGGGUGGAGGAGGAGCGGGAGCCGCUGUUGGUGUACCACUUCUCCGCCAGCCCGGACUGGAAGGCCUGCCAUAUCCGCUGCUUGACCUCGACUUUUGCUUCGUGGUUGUCGCUCUUGAACGCGAGCGCCACGGCCUGAAAGUCGUGCAGGACGCCGAGGGAGAGGAAGGGGACGAGGUCGCAGCCGUGGACGACGCUGGUGACGAGGCCGCGGGUGGCUUUGCGGAGGGCGGGAGACAUUGUCCCGGGAGGGCCAUAGGCGUAGACGUGGAUGGGGCGGCCCGAGGGGAGGCAGACGUGUGUUGUGUCGGCGUCGAGGAGGCGUCCGUCGCCGAGGAGCCGGCGGUGCGGGUCCGAGGUGGUGACGAAGCCCGUGCCUGACGAUGAGGGCUCGGCGAGCAUGGUGCCCAGCAGCGCCGUGACGCCGCCGCCGAGCGAGUGGCCACACAGGACGAGGCCGUAGUCGCUAAACUCGUCGAGGGCCUCCUUAAGGGUGUAGAGGACGCGCCCGUCGCCGCCGUAUAGGAGGCGGCGGGCGGAGGCGUGGAUGCCCUUGUGGACCUUGUAGGACUUGCCGCGCCAGUAGAGGUUGUCGUAGUCGCAGGCCAUGUCGGCCAGGACAUCCUCGAAGCCGAGGGUGCCGCGGCACGCGAGGACGACGGCUUUGGAUUCGUGGUCGAGGGAUAUGUAGUGGACCAAGGGGACGCCGGUGCCAGUUGAGCCAGUGGUGUCGGAUCCGCCCUGGGCGUCGACGAAGGAGGCGAGGAGGAUGCUGGUGGACUCGGAUUCCGUGUGGUGGGCAAAGGAGCGGAUCUCGUGGUGUGUGUCGUCCAACGCUUUGAUCAGGGGCAUGUCCUUUGAAAUACCCAUGAACUUGAGAAAGUUGGACCCGUAUGAAGCGGAAGAGAAACGCAUGUACCGCGUGAUGUUUCGGAGCAGGUGGAAUGCCGGGAAAACACCAUCCACUGUGCCUGCCCGCCUCAAGGUGUCGAUGGCUUCGGAGUCGGUGUAUGCGCUCUUCUGAUAGUACGAUGACAGAACCAGAGACGUCUGGGAGCCGGUAUUGGCGAUGCUGUAGAGGCUAGGCGUGUUAACGUGGGAACGCGCUCUCCUGGACUUCAUUGGCGACGGUGGCUUCUGAUCGUUCAUGUCCUUCUCUGACCGUGACUUGGGGAUGCUGGGCUGGCCCAUGCCGUCACGGCGGGUGUAUCCGGGAGACUGGGGCCGAUAUCCGUCGACGGCAUGGAAGGAGUAAGUGUCCGUUUGUGACACAAUCGAGUCUCGACGUCGCUCGUGUACAGAGAUGUAACUGGCUCGCGAAGAGCUGCGAGGUACAGGUGAGGGGUUCUCAUAGGCCCGGCCUCUCGAGCUGGAGGCAGCAGUCGGGCCCAUGGCCCUGGUCUGGGGCGGACGGCUGGGCUGAGUAGAGGUACGUGUUGUCCCAUCUCUUGCGGCAGUCUUUGCCGGCUGCUUGGCUUUCCCCGUAGGCUGCGAAUUGCCGGUGCCGGUGCUCGUUCCGUCUCGAUGGAAGAGGUUGGAGAUGUUUGAGCUGGUACCCCUUUUCAAGGCUUGCCUGAUGCCUCCCUUUUUCUCCGUUGUGGGCUUCUCCGAUGGUUUGCUACUUGACAAGGACUCGCCUUUGGUUCUCUUGGGCUUGUUGGCUUCGGCGUGCGAGGAGACGGCACUCUCCUGACGUGCCCGCACUGGUAGGGGGCCUAGAGGCGCGCGCUGUCGCUUUUGGUUUGGCGCGUUUUCGGGACUCUGCUUGGGCGUUGGGAUCUGAGAGACUCGACUGCCGGGUGAAGUCGAGGGGAAACCAGGACCAACCUUUACUCGACGAGGGGUCGGGUUGGAUGUCGCAUCUGACCUCGGAAUAGUGGCCGGGGCCGGCGUCAGCGCCUUCUUGGGUGGUACGGGUGGCGGUUCAUCCUUUUCGUCGUUUCGACCGUAUCCAUCGGACUCCUCGGUGUCGUCUAGUGAUUCCACUUUUCGAGAGUUGUCUUCUGCCUCCUCGAAGCCUUGGAUUGUUGUGUUUCGAUGUUUGCUCUUGUCGACUCUGUAGACGACCCGGUAGGUCGGGACGUCUUGAUGCCUCACCAACUGCUCCUUUGGGCCCUCUGAAGAUGGCAGGACUUCUCGCUCGACGACCUCGACGCCUGGAGGCGGUGUCAAAGUUGGGGGCUCGGGUCCCGUGAAAUCCACAGUGAUCAUCUUCCUCGUCAAGGUCGUUGUCGAGAUGGACACGCUUGUAUCUGCAGGCAUAGACCGCAUGAUCUGGUUCUUCAGGCGAAUUUCUGGCAGGUCGUAGUCGUCUUCGUCUUCGCUGGUUUCUCGCUCGCCAUGUCGUUCGAUAGUGGCUAGUAUACCAGGACUCGGUUGAUCUCCAGGGAUGGAAACCAAAAUAUCAGGACCUUUGCUUUUGUAGCGGCCUUUGUGCACACCGUACAGGCUGUUUUCGUGAAUGUCGACCCGCUCCCCGUCGUUGAGUACAACGACAUCCCAAACGAUCUCAUCGUGGCCAAGUCGUCUUGUCUCUUCGUCGAGGAAACGUCGACAUUUGCGCUGCAGGUAGGCCAACGCGCACAAGCCCAUGACCAGAUCUACAACACCCACACGCUCACCCUCCACACCAGUCGCAGGAUUCUGAAACUCGCGGCGAAUUAAAGUAAUGAUGCUCGCAAUGGCACGUGAAGAGUCGGUUGAGCCAAAGAAUUGGUCGAGAGACGAAAGAAGAAGCUGAGAUAUCUCUGAAGCGACGGAAAUGGUGGUGCUCGUCAUCUGAAAUCCGGUCGUAGUCCAGAAAACGAUUUGCGACAUGGCACUAUGCAGGUGCUCCAAGCUCCUCUCCAGGACAGUUUCUGCAUCUUCUCUGCCCAGGUCGCUGUUCAGGACAGUUUCUGCAUCUUCUCUGCCCACCAGGUCUGCUCUCUGGAUCUGCCGGGAUUCCUCGUAUGCUGAGCUCCAGACUGGUGGUGGAUGCUGGUGCAUCGAAGCCGUGGAGCUGAUGAAGGGAUUGGAUUGCUAAACAUGUUGAGCGAGUGGCAAGACUGACGGCCUUUGCUAUAGGACUCGGUAGCACAGUUCGUCCUUGGUGAGAGUCGAGAGGGACAUGGACGAGGUCGUGAGAGUGUUCGUCCCCGUCCCAGUCGUCGUCCGGAUCCAUGAUCUCUGAUGGGCGUGUCGGGGCUGAUGCCAGUGAGGGUCGGAAAGUGGGCGCUCGCAUGCGCAGCAGACACGGUUCAUUAAGUGACAGACAACGUGGAGUUGAGAUAAGGUUCCGGACGUUAAACUCGAAGUGAUGCAGGAUGUGCAGAAACCAUGUUAUACUCGAGACCUUGGCCGAGCUCGGUUCCAACAGGGGAUGUCGAACGUACACUUAGGGGGUAGAGAAGGGAAAGGAAAGCAGGGAAUGAAGCGUUCAGAGACGCAGAGAAGGUACAAGCUUGUGGAAAGAAUCAAAAGAGGGAAGAAGCACAACUAACAAGACUAAGGGUAAGGGAGUAGGGCGAGACGAGGUGGUGAAGAAAGGGGGGACAUAGGCGUGCUACCAGCGGUGGCAAUAUUCAAGCACCUUCAGCGGUAGGAGGAUCAGAGCAGCAGCGUUCAGAAGUAUAGAGAGGCGUAUACUGCGUAGGUUGUGGAACGACCGGAACAGAGUAGACUUGACAGAACACAAGCAUCAACGUACUACCUCGGCCUGGCCUGUCGACAUCUAUACCGAAGGUGCCGUCCCGAGUGUAACGGGCGUGGCGAUGUCGUGUUUUCUUGUGUUGUGCUGAUGACGACAGCCUGGAACGAGGCCGUGAGAAGGGAAUAGUACUGUGUAUGUAGAGAGAGGUGCGAACCCGCGUUUCUGGGAGCACUUUUGUUUGGUACGGUUAGGUAUGGAGUAGUGUACAGUAAGUGGGCGAGUGGCACCGCGUAAGGUGGUUUUUAGGGUGUCGUGGGCGCGCGGUGGAAUGAAAUCAGUUGGGGUGUUCUAGCCCAAUGUGAGCUCAGGCAAAAGAUGACUGGGUUGACGUGUUGAGCCGCUGUGCCAGGGCUCCAAUAGGAGUAAGUGGGACGUUGAGCAUCUGCAUGAGUACUCCGUACAUAAGGU